UUACAAAAUUAAUUUAAUAAAAUAUAGGAGAAGCAGAAACACCAUUUACUUCUCACGUUGAGUGUAGCUCACCAGCCCCAUAUUUGGGGAUAGGCCGAAAUUAGGGUUAGGGAUUUUCAGAUCUGAAAGCAACCAAAAGUCAACUAGUUCAUUCCUUUCAAAGUUCCCCACAUAUAUUCACGAGUCAGGGUUUUGGAAUUAGGGUUUAUUGUGUGUUUGAGUGAAGUGCUUGUUAGGGGUGUACAAGAGGGUAAUUUUGAGCUGCCAAUGCAAUUUGAUUUGAAAUUGGGAGAUUUUUCGGUUAUUUUUGGGCCACCGAAAAACCUGCACAACAAUGUCUUGGGCAAGUCCAGAGGAUAUCUAUACCUCUACUUCUCUUGCUAGCUAUCUUGAUAAAAAACUUCUUGUGUUGCUGAGAGAUGGGCGAAAGCUUUUGGGAACACUUCGUUCUUUUGACCAAUUUGCUAAUGCUGUCCUAGAAGGGGCAUGUGAUCGUGUUAUUGUUGGUGAUCUAUACUGUGAUAUUCCAUUGGGUCUUUAUAUUAUCCGUGGGGAAAAUGUCGUGUUAAUUGGCGAGUUGGACGUAGAUAAGGAGGAACUUCCACCCCACAUGACUCGCGUUCCUGAAGCAGAGAUAAGAAGGGCCCAAAAAGCAGAAAGGGAGGCUACAGAUCUUAAAGGUUCAAUGAGAAAGAGGAUGGAAUUCCUUGAUAUGGACUGAAGUUUCUUGCUGAUACCGGUUUCUGCUUGGGAUUAUGCCAUGCCUUCCGCAAAUAUUAUCGCGGUAGCUGGGUGAUGGCAAAAAAGUAACUAGAAAUGGAUUUGUCUUUUCUCACUGGUGUACUCUAUUUGGCAGUUCAUUGUAACAUCUACAGUAAAUGAUUGCAGGUCGGAUGGGUAAACAGGAAUUGAUGCUAUUAUCUUUUUAUUUGUUCUCCGUUAGAUGUUUUAACUAUGGUUGGUGCACUCAUCUUAUGUUAGUACGAGUCCCUGUGUUGGAUGAUAUGCAGAAUGCUAGACUACGAAGAUGGUAAACAUUAUCCACAGUUCUUCCAUUGUCUUCUUAUUUUAGUCUGGAAGAACGUAAACUUCUAUGGUAGAUUGUAUAGACAUUCGUCGUUUUAUCCUGUUGAAAUAACAGCUAAUUUUGUUUACAUUCC